AUGAGCAACCGGCAAGCAUUCGCCCUCCCCCCCGAGGGCGGCGACUUGUAUUCCUCCUCGACUCUGCUCGACCCAGCCAGCUCGUCGACGUUGCGCGCCCGCCUCCGCAGUCCCCAUCUCGUUGCCCGGGUAGAUCAAAGCUCCCCACCCACUUGUCGUCCAGACCCCGACGUCUAUCAGCGCUUCAGGGCUUGUUUCGCCUUGGACUCCAUGCCCUCCGUCGUCCAGCAGUCGAACAACGCCAAGAGCCAUCCCGACGUUGAUGGCGGCGCUCUUGCGCAGCUGAGAGUCGUCUGCAUCUUGUCCAAGGCGCAGGAGCAGCUCGGGGGGCUCCAAAAAGAAUGGGACUCGUGCCUCGCGGAGCAACACCAGGCUUGGACGGAGCUUCGCAAAAUCGAAGACGAGGCCUCACAGCUCGACGAGAGUGGACUAGACGACGCCCUGACACGCGAGAUCAAGUUGUUGAGUGAGGCUCUCGACGAGCUGGUGCAAAGCAACGAGGAGCUGCUCGACGAGAUUGAUGCGGAAUUUAGGGGGCUGAUACAGGGCGAGACCAUGACGAUGAUGCAGAGCAUAAUGGCAGGCUAG